AGCGCUGUGCAGUCUCUGUUUCUUACAUCUUCUCAUGUUAGACACGAAAACGAAUAAAUAAUGUCUCUGUCGUCGUGUCUCAGAUUUAGAAACGCGGAUGAUUUACAGUUCUUUUUUAGUUUUACAACAAAUGAAGCAAGUGUAUCGUUGCGGAACUAAUGUUCAGCGUCACUGUGUUUCCGGGGAGAAGCUAAGGAGGUGCACACUGAUGUGUGUCAAAUACGAUCACAUAUGCCAGGGUAAUCGGUGAUGAUGAUGGACACUCUGGAGGACACCUUUAGGACCCUCUCCAUCGCCAGGAGGCUACAGCCCAUUGAGGCCACGUACAUUUUGGAGCUCUCCUGUGCCAGCAGUGGGUCAGAUGUGCUGGCUGCGUGCUGCUCCAAUCACUCUGUGCACCUGCACAGCAGAGAGACGCUCCGCCUGGUGGGUGACUUCCAGGGUCACACGGCUCCUGUGUGUGGGGUGCGUUUCUCUCAUCUCUCCCCUCACCUGCUGUUCACCGGCUCCGCCGAUGGGACAGUGCGGUGCUGGGACGUCCGGCGGCCUGGUUCUGAUGCCGCCCAGGUGUUCCGCAGCGAUUCAACACAUUCGUACUGCUCGUUUGAUGUGAGCUGUAGUGAUCGUGUGCUGUGCGCAGGCACGGAGCAGGUGGGGGAGGACAGUUUUUUGGUAUUCUGGGAUGCCCGUAUGGUUCAGGAGGGAAGUCAGAUGGGCGGUCUGCUAGGCGUUUACUCGGAGUCACACAGUGAUGACAUCACUACGGUGAAGUUCCACCCACGGCAGGCAGACCGGUUGGCUUCUGGAGCCACAGAUGGGCUUGUGAACGUGUUCGAUCUGAGUCUGGGUGGAGAGGAUGAUGCUCUUGUCACCACCUGUAACUGCAAUUCCUCUGCAAGCUCCCUCUGCUGGACAGGCAAAGAUCUUGACCAGCUGCUUUGUCUGACCCAUGACGAAGGGCUCCAUCUGUGGGACGUGGCUCGCCCAGACAGCGAUGACACUCUGACCCUUCUGAGUUCGGCUGAUGCUCGAACACUUGUCCAGCUCCCUGAUGGAGCCUCACUCGAGUACUUUGUGGGCGGUACAUGGCUGUCAGAUGAGGAGCGUAUUCUGUUAGUGGGAGGGAGUAAUCAUGGAGAGCUCCACCUCCUGGACUGCAGUGGGCGUGGUCUGAGGUUCAUUAAAUCCCUCAAAGGGGGUCAUUCAGCUACAGUGAGGUGCUUCCAGUGGGAUGUGAUCAGUCAAUCUCUGUUGACGGGUGGGGAGGAUGGCCAGUUGCUGCAGUGGAAAGCAGGAGCAGAGGAAAUCAGUGUGGAGAAGAAAGAUUCUCUGAAAAGCAUCUCCUCCAUGCAGCUCAAAACUAAAGCUCACAGAAAACAAGCUAUACAGAAAGAACGCUCAAAACUAGCAUGAUUACAUGCACAGGACAAACUCGAAAUCUCAAUUUCACUAAGCUACUUUGCUCAGAUGUCUUUGUUUUCACAAAUGUAAGGAUAAUAGAUAAAGAUCGCUUUAUGGAGACUAAAUUCGAAUCUUCUGACUUAUAAAAUGUAUAGCUUAUUAUAGACAUUGGCAGAAUUUAAACAGUUUUGUGGUUUUAAAAUGUAAGUUGUGAACAAAUUGCUACAUAAGAAUUACAAUUGUUGUUUGAUUUGUCCAGCAGAUAAACUCUCAUCUGCUGUAUGUAGUAGUUUUGUCCUUGUGUAAAACAUUACAUUUCUUGUGUUUUGCUUGCAACGUGUUUUAAAGGUGUUUCAUAAAAUCACUUUUGAUGUUAAACACAAGACUUGAAAAUGAUAAAAUUGUUCUUAUAAAAUUGGUUUCAUGACUAAAAACUUAUAUUAAAGGACUAGUUAAACCAAAAAAUAAAAUUAUCUUAAAUUGUACGCACCCUCAGGCCACCCAAGAAGUAGAUGAGUUUGUUUCUUAAUCAGAACAGAUUUGGAGAAAUUUUGGUUUGAACUCUCAUUCUGACGGCACCCAUUCACUGCAGAAGAUCCAUUGGUGAGCAAGUGAUGCAAUGCUUAAUUUCUUAAAAUCUGUUCCGAUGAAGAAACAAACUCAUCUACAUGCUGGCAUGGGGGUGAGUUCAUUAUCAGCAAUUCUUAUUUAUUUAUUUUUUACUAUUCCUUUAAUGCAUGGGGAUUUUCUGGAAUAUCUUGUCUUAAUUGUUUUUAUAUGUACCUUGAAGGGCUGCAUCAGCACCACUGGGAUACAAUGUCAGAUUCACUUUCUAAUCAAUCAUGUAAAGUGCAACCAUAAUCACACCAUGUCAGCAUUCUUUCCAUACAAAGGGUUUACAUUCAUGGACGAAAAUGGUGGUUAUGUUCUUAGCAAAUGCUUAAUACAAAAUCAUCUGUCAAGAAAUGUAUGGUUUGUGUUUUUUGUUACUUUUUAGCAUGGUCGACUUACCCAUAAGAACUAGUUUUUGAGCUGCAGAAUUAAUUCUACGACUUCAUAAUCUCACAUUUUUUUAUUUUUUUUUUUUAUUGUUGAAUCUCAGUGAUCUUGAAUACCUACUGAGUGUGCUUUGAAAUGCAAAUAUGACUUUUAAACAUGCAGGCGCAUUUGUCUCUGAGAUUUAUGAGCUCCCCAGUGUCACACACUUUUCAGGGUAGCUUCUACAGUUUACAGUGUUUGAUUCUCUCAUUGUAUACAUUGAGGAUGAGAGUCCAGCUAGUAAUUCUGAUGUAAUGUAUGUUAGCCUGGUGAGGUUUACUAUGCUGAAUUCAAGACAUGCCACAACAGGACAGCCCUGUUGUUCGUAUUCCGUUGAUCGGAAACUGCCGCUCCCUCAAUAAUAUUCAACAAUGUCACAGAAAGUGAUGUGAAUGCCGAAUUUGGCAUUUAGCACAAGAAAUGACAGCUGAGAGAGGAACUGAGAAACUGUCAAUAGUGUGGUGUUUGUGGAUGCUAUGUGUGUUGUUAAUGCCUUUAAAUAUACAAUAAAGAAUUACGGUUUCAAAUGCA